CAUCACCUGUCGCGAGGCUGCACACUGGUGCCAGAGCGCGCGCGCAAAAGGCUGUCCUCAAGCUAUAAUUCAGAUCCCGCUGCUGACAGAUUUAACCUGCACUAUGUUUUUCGGUGUUUUUUACAUUUAUCUACUAUUCUCGUCUCCUUCGAGGGGUGUUUCACACCUUCCUGCGUCUCACUGAUACAUACUCAGAUCCAGAAUGGAGUCAUUAAACCAAUCCGGGUGGGUGGGGACAAUCCCAGAGGAUUAUAACUCCUCCUUUGGACUGGGAUUUUCAGGAAGUCCAGUUGGGAAUUACACUGGCAAUGUGUCCGAUCAAAGCAUGCCGUUUCAAGGGAGCAGCACGAUGGUUACUGCGGUCAUAUCAUUCACCGUGUUCAUCGUUGGACUCACUGGCAACACCCUGGCUAUCUACGUAGUUUUGCGCUAUGCUAAAAUGAAAACGGUUACAAACAUAUACAUUUUAAACUUGGCCGUGGCCGAUGAGCUGUAUAUUUUGGGCCUUCCGUUCCUCACGACGCAAAACGUACUUUCCUACUGGCCGUUUGGCUCAUUCCUGUGUCGCGUCGUCAUGACGGCAGACUCGUUAAAUCAAUUCACAAGCAUCUUCUGUUUGACAGUGAUGAGUAUUGAUCGCUAUUUAGCAGUAGUGCAUCCUAUCCGCUCCACUAGUUGGCGCCGACCACGAGUAGCUAAAGCAGUUAGCGCAGCGGUGUGGGCGUUUUCCUUCAUCGUUGUUCUCCCCGUGGUGAUAUUCUCUGACGUUCAGGACAUGUUUAACUCAUGCAACAUGAGUUGGCCGGAACCACGAGACGUUUGGUCGAUGGCAUUCAUUCUUUACACCGCAACGCUCGGAUUCUUCGGCCCCCUGCUAGUCAUCUGCAUGUGUUACCUGCUCAUCGUAGUCAAGGUGAAGUCGUCCGGUGCACGGGCGGGAUUUACGAAGCGCAGACGCUCCGAGCGGAAGGUGACCCGCAUGGUGGUGGUGAUCGUGGUAGUGUUCGUCCUCUGCUGGCUGCCGUUCUACAUCAUCAACAUCGUAAACCUGGUGUUCAUACUCCCGGAGAGCAGCGUGAUGGCAGGGGUGUAUUUUUUCGCCGUCAUCCUGUCGUAUGCCAACAGCUGCGCCAAUCCGCUGCUCUACGGGUUCUUGUCCGACAACUUCAAGCAGAGUUUCCGGAAGGUGCUGUGUGUGCGCAAGGCAAACGGCGUGGAGGAUGGAGAUCCCAGUGUGCCGCGGACGGAGAAAACGACAACCCACGAUACCUUCCUGACGCCUCAGAACAAUGACUUAAAUGGACACAUACAGGGCAGCCAGGUGUGGCCUGAGCCUCAAGCCACGCCCCUGAGCGUGCCAGUGACUCCGCCCUCCCGCGCAGCAGAGCUCAGCCUCCACCCGGUGCCCGCUGUCGCCACGCCCAGCUCCAGCCGUGACCUGUGACCCCGGCGGGUCGUGAGGGCCCUUCCGAACAAUGCCAGGAUACUUUGUUUUGGGUGGAGGGUGCAGUGUGUGCUGGAAACACCAGGGUCUUCAUGCACAUGGAAACCUGGAAAUAUCAGGAAUUUUUAAACGGCCUGGAAAAUUCUCUGUUGAAUUUAAAUGCUUUAAAAUAUUUAAUCAGUUAAGAAUUACUAUUUGUGAAUUUGUAAAACACUAUUAAAUACCUGGAGUCUGAGGCCACCAGUGAAAAUCUGUUUCGUAUUUUUAGAAUUUAAUGCAAUCCCUUCAACAUCAAUAUAAUAUUAGCAAAACUAUUUUUAAGUUUUUCUUUAAUGAUUAAGUGCAAAGCCUGACUUUCUCCAGCAUGACCUAAAAAGGAAUAAUGCA